UCUCCUCCCUCCAUUCCUCUCCCCCUCUGUGCUGGUCCUAUUCUUGAGGACUUGCUUGUGAAACGGGAGAGAUAAACAGACAUUGAGCGCAGAGGAAAGGACACGGGGAGAGAUAGUGUGUUAGAAUUUUAGGAAAUACCUCCCUCCCCUUUCCCCUGUCUAUCUCUCCAUCUUCAUCCCUUGUCUCUUCUUUUAAUGGAUAGAAAUUAUCCUGGCACAGGAUUCGGUGAUCUGGGCGCUGGAACGGGAUGGAGUUACGAGAGAUCGGCGAAGGCAAGUUUGGUUUAUGGGAGCUCCAGAUCCUCCCAUCCAGACUCAGAACUCCUCCAUCGUCAACCUUAUGCUACACCACACCCCCUGCAAGGAUAUGCAACAAAUCAUCAUCCAGGCACUUCUGGACAGGGCGGGGCAUGGGGCGCAGGAAGGAGCUUAGGGCUUUCAGGUCUGUUUGAUACUGGACUACAUCAUGCCAGUCCUUCAGGACCAGACGCUUCAGUUAUGAACUUGAUCUCUGCUUUGGAAUCCCGAGGGGCUCAGCCACCACCUUCUGCCUCUUCCCUUCUCUCCCAAUUUCGCACCCCCUCUUGGCAAACCGCAAUGCAUACCCCAGCCCCUGCAGAGCUAUUCAUUUCUGGUGCACUACCUGGCUCUGGCUCAUUUCCCUCUUCCUCUGCUCUGUCGGCAUAUCAGCACCCUGCAUCCUUCUCAGGGCGCUCCUUCCCUGGAGUGGCCCCAUCAUUAUCUCUGCAGGACACGCCUACCUUCAGUCCUACUUCCAAUGGUCUUCUGUCACCCCAUGAUCCUUUGCUGCACAUUAAAACACCCUCCCAAUCAAGCCUUGGCUUUGACCGUCUUCUGUCUUCACAGAGUGGGAAUGCUUCAUAUAGAGGGCCACAAGAACCUACUAGUGCUCCUCCACCCCAAGCAUCUGCAUCCUCAUCAUCACGCCAUUUACCCCCCCAGUUUAAUUUGCUGUCCUCACAGCUGCAGGACCAGUCAUCUCAACUCUACAAUUCCUCUGUAUUUUCUUCUGCACCCCCUCAACCACAGUCCCAGGAAAGAGCAAUCCCCAGACAAGAUAGUGUGAUAAAGCACUACCAGAGACCUUCUCCUGGACAGUCUCAACUUUCCUCUUCCACACCUCAUCCUCUUCAACACUAUCUUAGUUGUGGUGCAUCGGGAUACCAGCAGAUACCCCAUCAUCGUCAUGGAUCUGCCAUAAACUGUAGUCCACUGGGUGAGCAGAGUCCAUCAUCUGACCCCAAGCCCUCACCUCGAUCAGAGCAAAUUUACCGGCCAAUUAUCCAACCUCCAUAUACCACUUCUUCAGUAUCCUCCUCAGCUAGUUCGGGUGGUGGUAUUGGGAAAACAGGGAAAAGCUCCAGCUCAAGUAGCGGCUACUCUUCUUCGGGCUCCUCCUCAUCUCGAACACCCCACACCCCUCCAUCUGCUUCAUCCACCACUUCUUCUUCCUCCUCAGCCUCUAAUCCCAAUGCCUCAUCCAGUACCUCCUCUGCACCUUCAAGGCAGCAACCACCACCUCAGUCAGCACCGCAACCCCCUCCUCCACCACCCCCCACAGUGUCAUCCUCUGUUACACAGCAGCAGCCACCAAAACCUUGCCUGUCUACAUAUGGCUCUCCUGUUGCUCCUGUCAAACCAACCCCUGGCCUUCCUGGUCAGACCCCACCACAACAACAGUCAUAUUCACCAAGUCAGCCACCCCCCUCUCACCUGCCCCAGCCAUAUGGAGGAUUUAGUUCUCCACAGGCCCAAGAUCUUGGUUCCAGUCUUGGAGGAUCUGGAAAAGCUUAUGGAAGUCUUGGAACAACAGGGCGUUCAUUUUCAGCAGAGGUUGUCUAUGGCUCUGAUUCGGGAUAUGGUUCUUUACCACCAUCUCUUGGAGGGGCAGGAAGUCCUUCAAUGAGCUAUGGUGGCACAGGACAUUCACCUGCCCUGAUGGUGUCUGGAGGUGGUACUGGUACAACAGGUAGUACCACUGGUUCAGGAGCAGGGAGUUCAGGAAGUGUGGGAGUUGGGUCAGUUAGUGGUAGUGUAGGAAGUGGUGCAGGAUCAUACCACCUCCCAGAUUCCAGCCCUUCACCCUCAAGUAAUUCUGGAAUAAUUCGCCCGAGUCUGCACUCCCCUGUGCCAACUCGACCUGCACAAUCACCUGGAGGGAAUGGGGGCAGCAAAUACCUAUCGUCAGUCCUCUCCCCAGCAUUCUUGGCUUCUCCACAAGGUUACUCGGACUCAAGGGUGCCUCCUCAGCAAACACAGUCUUAUCACACAACACCACCAAAAUCAAAGUCUGAUUCUGAUAUGCUUGGUGUAGAAAGAUCUCAAGAGGAGGAUGAAGAAGAUGAGGAAGAUUUUUUGAUUCAACAAUUAUUACACUCCCAGAGUCCAGGACCCAAUUCCUCCCAACAUCAUUCUCAACAAGCUCAGCAAGUAGCUUCACAACAACCACAGCCCCAAUCCAUUUCCCAGAGUAGAGAUGGAGGAAAGUCACUCUCUGCUUAUGAACUAAAUAAGGCAUCUGAAGAACGUUAUCAUUUACAAAGUGUCAUUCGGACUAAUAAUACAACCAACAGUGCAUCUACAGUUACUGCUGGCUCUUGUGGCCAAGGCACAGGUUUAGAGAACCAGUUAGAGAUGUCUCUGAAAAAGCAGCAGCAAACUAAAGCUGAUAGAGUCCUGUCUGGAGCUGGUACAAAUGGAGGUCGAGGUGCAAUUGAUUCUUUGUCACACGCUCAUUCUCAUGGUCAACAUGACUCUCUUAGUUCAGUGGUCCACUAUGGCAGAGGAGACCAUUACACUCAUCAAACACAUCAACAUCACCCUACACACCCAUCACACUCCCAACACCCUCAGCAUUCGCAGCACCCUCAUCCACAUUCAAUGUCCCACUCACAUAUGGAUCUUAAGAAAGCUCAGGAUCCUUCAGAAUUACCAUACCUGCGAAAGACUCCAGACUUACAGCAGCGACAGACCCAGUCCACCAUUGGACUAAUGGAUUCUCCACCUGACCCAUCUCAGCAAACCUCCCAAGCUCACCUUCUCCAAUCUGUACUUUCGCAUACCACUCGAAACAAAAUGGACAACCAACAGGCUUCUACACAACAACAACAACAACACCCAAUGAGUCAGCAGGCCAUGAUUGGACAAACAGGGGGAUUGGGAAAUAGUGGCCCUGGAGGAGUAGACACUCAGCCACAGGCUUCUCAACUUCAACUCCAGCUGCAGUCCCAAACUAUGGAGGUUCAUUAUGGACGUGAGGCUCAGCGAAACCAAAGCCAGUCAAGUCAAAAUUCUGUUUCACCACUAGACAUGCUAGAGAGAUCUUUAUCCAGGACAAAUAGUCGGGAAGGGACAGCGCCUUCUGAUAGAGUUGGCACAGGGGAUGGGAGCAAUGCUGAUCAUCACAGACAACAACAGCAUCGGAUGUCCUCACAUCACCAGUCCCACCAUUCUCAACAACCAGCAGCAGAGCUUCAUGACUUCUUGUCUGAGCCUGAUGUGAGCAUGUCAGCCCCUUCUCAUUUGCACCAUAUGACCUCACACCAUCCACCUCCUCAUGCCCAUCAUCAGCCACAGACACAUUCUCACCAUCAUAACCCUCACCAGCACCCUCACCACAUGCAACCUUCUUCUGGACCUCCACAGCCCCAAUCACAAACCAGGGAACAAGAACCACAGCUCUCACAGCCACAGCUGGAUCAGCUUAAAGAGCAUCAAUAUGACACUGGUAGUCCUGUGGGGAAAACAUCUCAGAACCAGAAUCAGACCCAAGAGCAGCAACAGCGGUUUGUGCCAUUGACAUCUAUUUGUUUUCCAGAUUCUCUUCUCCAAGAUGAGGAUCGGUCCUUUUUUCCAGGAAUGGAAGAUAUGUUCUGCUCUGAAGAUUACAAGGCAAGUUGUGCUGGGGGAGGUGGAAGUGCAGGACAAGGAGGUCAGGAUGGUGUUUCAGAGGCACGUGGAUCAGUACCAGAUGGAAUGGAUGUUGUUAAAAAUACAGGUGGCGGAGGUGCAUAUGACAUGAUGGGUCACCAUGGUGAUCAGGGGUAUGGGCAGUACUGCCACAGUUUGUCUGAAUCCGGCAAUGGUACUAUGCACUUAGAUCUUGACCCCUUAAAAUCUCAUGAACUCCCAUCUACUGUAAACACAGAACAGUUGGGCUUAAUCCAGUCUCAGGGCCCAGGCCUUGGGAUGGGCAGCACGGGACAAGUUAUGGAUGGAACUGGAAACAAAAUGAUGGGCAAUGUGGGUGUUGGUAGUGGUCCUGGAACAGGGGGGCUCUCCUCCCCAAUCUUUUGCUCCUCUAGACCUAAAAAACUUUUAAAAACAAGCUCAUUUCAUCUCCUAAAACAGCGAAAAGACCCCAAUGCCCAAUCACAGGUUAAAAAGAACUAUGCUCAAGAAUAUGAGUUUGAAGAUGAUGAGGACAAAGCAAAUGUUCCUGCUGAUAUUCGCUUAAACAGUAGACGUCUCCCAGAUCUGCUUCCUGAUCUUGUUUCCAGUUGCAGAAAGUCUGGAAGUGGUUCAGGAGUUGGGAGUUUAAGUCCUUUAAUCAGUGAUUUAGACUUUUGCCACCCCUCAGGAUACCCAUCCCUUAGACCUCCUCCACAGAUGCUCCCACAAGAUGGCCCAAAGAAGAGGGGGAGAAAACCCACCAAACCUAAACGUGAAGGUCCACCAAGACCCAGGGGUAGGCCACGUAUUAGGCCUCUUCCUGAGCCACCAUAUUGCAGAAAUAUGUUGGGGCCUGGGGGAGAAAGUAGAAGGGGACGUGGUCGAGGAAGAGGACGCGGAAGAAAGGAUGAUCAAAUGCUGGAUAUGCACAGAGACAUGAAUAAGGGGCAGAACUACCAUCAACAAGCACCUCAACUUCAUCAUCAACCACAGUUACAACAGCACAUGCACCACCAUCUACAACAACAACAACAGCAGCACCAACCACAACAUAUGCACCAACAGCAGCACCUACAUGUACAACAACAACUUCAUCAUCAACAGCAGCACCACCAACAGCUUGCACAGCAUCAGCCUCAGCAACAAUACCAGGAACCCAUCAAGCCAAUCAAAAUUAAGCUCCCUAUUCCUUCCAUGCCCUCAUCUGAUUCCCUCUUGAGGACAGACUCCAUGUCCAGCACAGAUCCAGUAUUGUCUGAUGGUUCGGUAGGAUCUGCACCAUCUCUUGGUUUGAGCCCAGGGCCCACUAACAGCGUGGAGCUAAACAGAAUCGACAUGAACAGAAAUGAUAUGGGAUGUGGUCAGGAAAAAAUGAAGCAGAAAGCCCAAGAGCAGAUGUCCUGGGAGGGAGACAUGGAUGACCAAAUGACCCCCGAGGCCUGGGCUACCAUGCAGAAGCUCUCCAGCUCAACGGAUGAGAAAUCUUCAGAGCUGAAAUCGGGUUUCAUAACCUCCUUUCUGGAUUUCUUAAAAACGGGGAAGAAGCCAGGCACUGAAGCUCCACCUGUAGAUGGGUGCACGUCCACGGAUUCCUCUUCCAUAAAGGGAGGCAUUCGCCCAUUAUCGCCACAACCACCCCCUCCUCCACCUCCUCACUUUGGAGAGAAUGAAGGUGAUGGAAGCCUGGGUCUCAGUAACUGUCCAUCACCCUGUAAAAGACUUGACGAGGAGCUCAAGAGGAACCUAGAGACCCUGCCGUCCUUCUCCUCAGACGAGGAGGAUUCUGUUAGUAAAAACCAGGACCUGCAGAAGAGCAUCUCGUCAGCCAUUUCUGCCCUCUAUGACACUCCUCACAGCCUCGCUGCCAUUCCUCCUCCACCUACACCAUCACCACCCACUCCACAGACGGUCUCUCUAAACACCCCCCCACCACCCUCAGAUCCAGAGUCUAUCCUGCACGUUCAUGCUGAACCAGAGCCUGACAUACACGCGUCACAGCAGCUGGAAACACACACAAGGCCCAAUCCCCAGGAGGAGGCACACAUUCCAGGUGAGGACGAGGAACAGGAAGAGCCUGUACAGGAGACGCAUGAUGAAAUACAGCAGAAAGACGACACACAGAGCGAGUGUGAGGAGGAAGGAGAUGAGCUUGAAGAAGACAGAAGUGAAAAGGAUGGAGCAGAUCCGAUAAGGACAGAAGAGAGCAAGCAGGAAGAGGAGGAGGAGGAGGAGGAUGAACCUGCGUAUGAAAUGCUGGAUGCUCUUAAGGCUGCUGAGAGGUCUCCGUUGGAGUCACCUCCUGCUCCCCCUUCUCCUCCAUCUCUUUCCCCCUCUCCCCCAACCUCUUCCUCGCCAUCUCCUCUUCCUCCUCCACCUCUCUCUCUCCCCUCCCCUCUGCCAUCUCAAGAAGAGGAGGAGAAUAUACAGCAACAGCCGCAACAGCCGCCGCUGCACAAUUCCCUCCCUCCCAGUCCUUCUCCACCUGCUCUCCCUUCUCCCUCCCCGCCUCCACCCACGCUGCCCCCCUCCGCCACACCACCACCAUCCCCCUCUCCACCUCCUCCCGAAGAGCUGCCCCAGCCCUCCCCAGAAUCACCCCCCACCCCCGAAGAUGCCCCGACGCCUCAGAUCACGUCACUGCACCUGGCUAAGAAACAGUCCAACGCGGCCAUUGCUGGAGAGAGUGAGGAUGAUGACAGCGAGAGUGGGGGGGAGGGGAUCUUCAGAGAGCGGGAUGAAUUUGUGGUGCGCACAGAAGAUAUUGGUGCACUCAAGUUGGCGCUGCAGACCGGGCGAGAGCCUCCUCCUAUCUGGAGGGUCCAGAAAGCUCUGCUGCAGAAGUUUGCUCCUGAAAUCAAGGAUGGACAGCGGCAGUUUUGUGCUACCAGUAAUUAUUUGGGCUACUUCGGAGAUGCAAAGAUGCGCUAUCAGCGUUUAUAUGUCAAGUUCCUGGAGAAUGUGAACAAAAAGGAUUACGUUCGAGUAUGCUCGCGGAAACCUUGGCAUCGGCCCAGUCUCACACUGAGGCGCCAGUCGCUCCCUAAACCACAACCUGUACGGAGCCUGACUCCACCUCGCAUGGAACGAGACGAUCGAGAGAAGGAGAGAGAAAGACAACGGGAGAAAGAGCAACGGGAGCAAAGAGAAAAGGAAAAGGAGAGAGAAAGAGAAAAGGAACGGGAACGAGAGAGGGAGCAGAUCGAGAAAUCUCGCCGAGAAAAGGAGAAGGAGAAAGAGAGGGAGCGAGAGCUAGAAAAGCAGAAAGAGAGGGAGAAACAAAAAGAAAGGGAAAAGGAGAAGGAAAGAGAAAAACAACGAGAGAGAGAAAGGGAAAAGGAAAAACAAAGGGAGAAGGAAAGAGAAAGGGAAAGACAGAGAGAGAAGGAAAGGGAAAAACAACGAGAGAAGGAGAAGGAGAAAGAGCGAGAGAAGGAAAAGAAACUCCAACAGAGACAGACUCAAGAGAAGCUGGACAGGAGACCGGCCUUGGUGGAGCGCGGGAGGGUCAAAGAGGACAAGAAAGUUGGAGAGAAGCGUGCUGACAGGACGAGAAGCAGGCCUGUCAAAGUAAAGGCAGAACCUCCACCCAAAAAGAGGAAGAAGUGGCUGAAAGAAGUGCCCUCUUCUUCAGAUUCAGACUCUUCGCCUGAGCCGCCCAGUGAUGAUGAAGUAUCCACACGCAGUGGGAUGAACAGUCGGGCCAUGAGAGAGAUGUUUCGCAGUUAUGUGGAGAUGCUGGUCAGCACCGCUUUGGACCCUGACAUGAUCCAGGCUCUGGAGGACACCAACGAUGAGCUUUAUCUCCCACCCAUGCGGAAGAUUGACAGCAUCCUCAACGAACAGAAACGGAGGCUGUUGAGAAGGCUCAACAUAAGUGUCCAGCAUCAGGAAGCACUGCACAUGUUCCCUCAGAUGACCGCAGACCCCCUGGACUCUGGAGCGGUGAAAGUGCAUCUGGGUGGGGAAGGUUAUAACCGGAAAACUCUCAACAGAGUCAAAAGGAGCCUUCCCAAACAGCAGGACCUGAAGCUGUCGACAGAGACAUGUCGAAAAUACAGUCUCUAUCACUCGCUUCAUCACUACAAAUAUCACACCUUUCUGCACUGUAAAAAGGAGACGGACAGCAUUGAACAGGCAGCAGAGGAGGAUCCAGGUCAGGAGGAGGUGGUUCAGCAGUGCAUGGCCAACCAGGGCUGGCUGGAGACUCUGUUCAAUUCCUUUAUUGAACUGCUGACGCUUAGCACCAAGGCUUAAGAUUCAGCUGUCCACGAUCCAAACACGUCCUGUUUGGAGAGAGGAGAAACUGCGUCCUCUCAGAUGAAGCCGCUGCACCUCCAGGUUGCAGGAAAAUGAGAUUUUCCUUUGCAGAAUGUGAAAGAGCCAGUGGCGGUUUAAGCUGUUGCAUUUUAACAUGAAAUGUUUUUUGUAAAGCCUUCAUUCCUCUCUCUUUCAUUAUGUGUCAGCUCCCUGCGACUGGAGCCACAGGGAGACGGUAUGAAAACAACAACAACGACGACGACAACAAAAAAAAAAGCAAAUGUGUAAAGACAGUUGUCUGCACAGAGACAAAUAACGAUAGUGCCAAAGGGAACAGGGUUGAAAACCUCACUGGUCAGCAGUGGUUUGGCAGAGGUGAGCUUUGAAUGCUAUGUUCCACGCACACUCUUCUAUAUAAAUAUGUAUUAUGAACAAUUAUGAUUUGUAUUAUUUAUACAUGGACAUUUAUACAUGGUUACCUCCCAGAGCUGGGACAGUUUGCUGUUAUUAUUUUGAAUAAUAAUGCUCAUGUUUUAUGAGGGUGUACAUGAAAUGAGCCACCCAUAGACCCCCAAACGUCCUGUCCCCUCAACUGAAGGACAAGGCGGGCAGGAUGUGGACUAAAGAAGCGGGGUCAAAGCAGUGUGUAGUUCCUUUUUUGUCAACAACAACAUCAACAACGAAAAAAAAGAAAAUAGAGCAAAAGAAAAAAAACUGUAUUUAAAAUGAAACGUGUUCUUUCUGUUUGUUCUUUAAAAGAAAAUGCGGAAAAAGAGGUGUACGUGUUCGUUUUCUCAAAGAAAACACGACUGUGCAGAGGGAUGUAAUCGAUUUUAAAGUGUGCAAAAUGUCUGUGUUUACUGUUUGUUUUUUUAUCUGUUGGUUGUUUACGAUGAUAAUUAUUAUUAUUAUUAAUAUUAUUUUGGAGGUUUGCUUAUUUCUCUCUUCUGUAAAUAUUGUACAGUUGCUUCAGUCUCUCUCUACCCGUCCCUCAUCUGUACAUGAAUCCUCCUGUAUUUGACAAACGCAAAUAAAAGAAAAGAAAAUGA